AUGGCACUGAACACAAGGCUAGGUCGGCCUGCCGGGACUAAGGCGACUCUAAACCCCUCAACAUGGUUGAGAGAGGAGACAGUAGCGGGGUUUUCAGACUUUAUACAGCAGAAGAGGCCACACAAAGGAGGAAAGGCAAAGGAACCAGAGAAGUCCAGCUUCAACAUCAAUGAGAUGUUGCUUGAGACGGAGAUAAAAUUAAUCGAAGCAGCCAAGCGGAAUGACGUUGCGGCCAUGAAGCUGUGGGGCCGGGGAGUAAAUGCCAAUGUAAAGAACUUGCACAACAGGACUGCCCUUCACUUCGCUGUGGCCGGCAACAACAAGGAAGCGGUGGAACUUCUUCUGCUGUGGAGGGUCAAAGUAGACCAAAAGGACAUUCACGGUGUAGCACCUAUUCACCUGGCGGCCUGGUUCGAUUGUUUGGACAUCCUGAAGCUGUUGGUCCGGGCUGGAGCCGACCAAAAGAUUUGUAACAAUGAAGGGUUAAACAUCAUCCACUGUGCUGCCAUCAACAACCACUCUGUAGUUCUGCAAUACAUUAUCGAGGACCUGCAGAUGAAGGAGCUAGACAAGCCGGACAGGAUGGGGCACACUCCAUUCGCGCUGGCCGCAGAAUGUGGCUGCUUGGAGAUGCUAGAUAUGCUAAUGUCACCGGCUUAUGAAAUGGCCUCGACUAGACCCAACAAGAACGGUGACACACCCCUGCAUUUAGCAGCUGGACACGGCCACUUUGAAGAGGUGGGAAGGCUGCUGGAGAGCUUCGAGACCCGGGAUGAAAUCAAUAUGGCUGAAGAGACAGCCCUGUACCUGGCCACCGAGAGGGGACACGAGGAGUGUGUGAGGGUCCUUCUCCAGGCCGACUGCAACCCAAACAUCGUCACCUCGACCAAAAGGAGCCCUCUACAUUCCGUUGCAGAGAGGGGGGACACGUCGUUGUUAAGACUCCUCCUGGACCACGAUGCCCAGACAGACUUCCAGGAUCAGAAUCUGGAGGCUCCUCUUCACCUGGCGGUGAAGAACUUUCACAUCCCCGCCAUCCAUAUGUUACUGGAGGCCGGCUGCAACAUAAAUGUCGCUGACAAGAGAUCCCAGACCGUGAUGCACCUGUCAGCCGAGCUCGGGAGAGUAGACAUCGUGGAGAUGCUUGUAAAAGCUGGUGUGGACCUUACCCUACUCGACAAGUGUGCAUCCCCUUCCGUGGAGCAGCACAAUAAGACGGCCCUGGGGGUGGCGGCCAGGGCGGACGAGGUGGCCAUUGUUGACAUGAUCAUCAAGGCUGAGCGGUACAACGCAUGGAGGGAGGCACAUUCAGAGCUUAAUGAGGAUCUUCACAGCCAGUGUCCGCUGACGUUUAAGUUGGACCACCGUCAGGAGACCAAGCAGUUUCGUUCCACCGUCUGGCACCUGUCACACGGGCUGUUGAAACCAGGGGACUGGAAGAGACUGGCCGAGCAGUGGGACUUCACCAGGGAGCAGGUGGAGGCCAUCGAAGCGCAGUGGACAGGCCAGCAGAGCUACCGGGAGCACGGCAACAGAAUGCUGCUGAUCUGGCUCCACACGGUGGAGUUAGCUGGCAAGAGCCCUGCCAAGGAACUCUACCAGGGCCUGAUCAGCACCUCCAACAGGGCAGCUGCAGAUAAGCUCCGGAAGGAGACGAAGAGCAGCAGCAGUAAGAAUUGCAACAUUUCCUGAGCCAGAUCAAAUUAAUUCACACAAUUUACAACAAGGUAUUUCAAUGCUUUGUUUAAUUGAUCGAUUGGCCUGUACACAAUGUUUUAUUACAGAACAAAGCAAAGAUAAUUUAUACAUUCGUAUAUGACUUGCAUUGGGGUUUGCACUGUAAACAUAAGCUUAGGUGUGCAAGAGAGCAGCCCUACAAAACUCACCAAAGCAGCCAAACCUAGACUUUACCAUUAUUUAAAACAUGCCACUCAUGUAAAAUGAACUGUUAAAAUGUAAAUAAAAAAGAUAUAUAUACUGUAUAAAUUAUGUCUAAAUUCAAAUACACUGGAUAACUCUUGUCAAUAAAUUAAUAGAAAAAAAGCUUAUCCUGACGUCUGCUUGAUGCUGUACUAUGUC